AUGACCGCGGAGAGCCAGCAGCCCCUGUGCGGGGCCAACCCCGCUGAGCCCGGCCUCCUGCUCAUGCCCCUGAUGAAGGCGGAGCCGGGGCCCCCCCCGCGCACCCCCGAGGCCGGGCGGGGGCGCGGCGCGGCGGCGCAGCGGCCGGUGCAGCGGGGCAAGCCCCCGUACAGCUACAUCGCCCUCAUCGCCAUGGCCAUCGCGCACGCCCCGGAGCGGCUCACGCUGGGCGGCAUCUACCGCUUCAUCACCGAGCGCUUCCUCUACCGCGACGGGCCGCGCAUGCAGAACAGCAUCCGCCACAACCUGAUGAACGACUGCUUCGUGAAGGUGCCCGGGAGCCGGGCCGCCCGGGCAAGGCACUACUGGGCGCUGGACCCGGCGGCCCGGGACAUGUUCGAGAGCGGCAGCUUCCUGCGUCGGAGGAAGCGCUUCAAGCGCAGCGACCUCUCCACCUACGCGGGCCCCGCGCCCGACGGGCCCUUGGGGCAGCCCGCUGCCUGCUACCCCGCGGCGCCGCCCGCCCCCCGGCCGCCCGCUCAGCCCGAGCUGGCCCCGCCCUGCCAGCUCCUGCGCUUCGGGGGAGCCGCCUACACCAGUCCGGGCUGCGCGGGCGCUGUCCCCUACCCCUACGCGGGCCCGGCGCGCCGCUGCCGCUCACCAGGCGCCCUACCCGCAGGGCAGCGGCAGCUGUACCCGCCCGGCCGCCUGGCCCUCCCCCCGCUGGGCGGCGACAGCCGGGACUUCUACGGCCGCAUGUCCCCCAGCUACGGCCCCAGCGCGCAGCUGGGCGGCCACGGCGCCUACCUGCGCCCCGCGCCCUACCCCGGCGCCGCUGAGAGGUUCGUCCCGGCCGUGUGA